GACCUAGUUGAUGGCAACAGUGUCAACACAGCACGCAUCCAGGGCGGUAAAGAAGUGGAGCGCGGAAAGACAGUACCCUUCGAGACCUUAAGCAGUACACCUCGCUGUAUAUUAAUUUAUUGCAUAUGUUUUUUUCUACAGUCCACAACCAAACAUAUUUGGUCCAAUCGAGCCACAUAUAAAAGUGAAAUUCAAGAAAAUACUUCUCCAAAUUGGUCAGUUUCCGCCAAUUGCAUAGUUAGAGAAGCAGGUGCAGUCGAUCAACGCCGCCAGCCAGACACGCAAUACAUUCCAGUCCAGCAGUCCUCAACAAGGGGGAACAACAGCGAGCUUCAGAGAGCGGAAGCAAGAGGCAACAGCGAUCCUCAACAAGCGGGUACCACAGGUUCACAAACAACAAAAUUGUAAGUCCGUUCCAUCUUUCCAUUUCCUUUCAUUGCCACGGAUUUGCGUGAGUAAAUACAGUGCUGUUCAUUUCAUAUUCAGUUGUUCAAGUCAAUAAAAAUGGAUAUCACUAAGCUUAAACAAAGACGUGGACAAAUCGAGGAAAAAUUGUCACGAUUUGAAACCUAUAUCAACUCUAUUGAAACCUCUGAGUUAGAUGAAUUAACAAUCACACAAUUAGAAAUUCGUUUAUCAAAAAUUGAGCCAAUAUACGAUAAGUUUAAUGAACUUCAGAGUGAAAUAGAGGAAAAUACGGUUGAAGACAGAGACGAUGUUUCAAAUAUAAGUGAACAAUUCGAGGAUUUAUAUUUUAAUGUCGUAUCCUACUGCAAAAAAAUGAUUACACAAUUCAACAAGCGGGAUAUGAGAAGUUUUGGCAUUUCACAACCUAAUUCUCACUUCCAAGGUUCGCAACAAGUUAAACUUCCCACUAUUAAGUUACCGACCUUCAAUGGUUCAAUCGAAAACUGGUUAGAGUUCAAAGAUGCAUUUAUCGCUUUAGUUCAAGAUAAUGACAACUUAGCAGAUAUUCAAAAAUUCUACUAUCUCAAAUCGUCAUUAGAGCACGAGCCAGCUCAACUUAUAAGCUCGGUACAAGUUUGUGCUUCUAACUAUCCGGUUGCAUGGUCGUUGUUGACAGACAGAUAUGAGAACAAAAAGCUCAUUAUAAACAACUAUAUUAAGGCAUUGUUCGAUGUCAAACCGGUAAUAAAGGAAAACAGUGCUGGUUUACGCAAUGUAUAUGACGAAAUUAAUAAAAAUCUCAAGGCGUUAGAAACUUUAGGUCAACCUGUCAAUCAUUGGGACUCAUUGAUAAUAUACAUACUGUCGAGUAAAUUUGAUUCAGUAACAAAACGAGAGUGGGAAUCAUUCAAACACAAUGGUGAUCUACCUACAAUGGUAGAUAUGCAAACAUUUCUCAAAACAAAAUGUGAAUUGUUAGAAAGGCUCAACAAUUCUUCUGAUAAUUCAUCACCGUUAAUUAAAUAUGAUUCAAAAACUGGAUUCAAUAAUGCUAACAAGUCUAAGCCUUUUCUGAUCAAACAGAAGGGAAGCACCCUUACAUCAUCAGUUAGAUUUUCAUGUUACUAUUGCAACCAAGGUCAUGCUAUUUACAAUUGUGAUUCCUUUAAGAGUCUCAGUCUAGAAGAUAGAAUUUCGGCAGUAACAAAAGCGAAACUGUGUCAUAAUUGUUUGAGUUCUAAGCACAUUACAAAUGAAUGUCAAAAAUCUAACUGCAGGAAGUGUAAAGGGAAGCAUAAUACAUUGCUUCACAAGGAGUCCUUGAAAUCGCAAGUCUCCACUAGCACUGUAUCACAAGAUAGCACCAGUGAAACAGCUAUUGCUCCGAGCGUACUCGCAGCGGCAUCAAAUAAUCCAUCUUUUUCUGAAACAAAAGAAAAUCGAACGGUAUUAGUCGGACAAACUAAUGAAGGUGAGGAAAGGGCACAAUGCUUAUUAUCUACAGCCGUGAUAUUGGUCGCAGACGCAAACGGUUGCAAACAUUCUGUUAGAGCGCUACUAGACGCAGGAAGUCAAACCAACUUCAUUACAAGUGACUUAUGUAAGAGGCUGAAUUUAAACACUCAACCUAUUAAAUUCGCAAUUUCAGGGGUAGGAGAGGCAAUGUCGGAAAUACAUUCAAAAGUGCAAGUAUCUAUAUUUUCAAGACUCAACAAUUACAAUGAAUCAAUUUCGUGUCUGAUAAUUCCAAAAAUAACUCAGAAUUUGCCAAUUGUUUCAUUUGAUAUAGAUACUUUACAGGUACCAAUUGAUAUAAAUUUAGCCGAUCCAAAUGUGAACAGGCGCGGCAAAAUAGAAAUGUUGAUAGGAUGUGAGUUAUUCUAUAAUCUGUUAUUAAUGCAGCAAUUGAAACGAAAAGGGCUCCCAACUUUACAAAAUACAAGAUUCGGAUGGAUCGUUGGUGGUCAGGUCGGUGUUAGGAAUCAACACAAGGCGGUCGUUUGUCACAUUUCAGUAGAGGAGCAAAUGUGUAACGCGGUUAAAAGGUUUUGGCAAAUAGAUGAAUUAGAAAUAGCAAAAAAUGACUUACUCAAUGAUUCCGAAUUUUGCAAUAAACAUUUUAUAGAAAAUUACAAGCGUGAUCCAGAAGGGCGAUUUAUUGUGAAAAUACCUUUUAAACCGAACCAUAGUGAAUUAUCAAAUACGCGUCAGUUGGCAAUUAACAGAUUCCAUUCGUUGGAAAGAAAACUGAUCAAAUAUCCAAGUUUAAAGGAAGAAUAUACGAAGUUUAUAAGAGAAUACAUACAGUUAGGGCACAUGAAACUCAUACAAGAUACCAAGGAUGAAAAAUAUGGUUUUUACUUACCUCACCACGCUGUAGUGAAAGAGGACAGUUUAACCACAAAGGUUAGAGUCGUUUUUGACGGAUCAGCCAAGUCAGAUCAAGGAUUAUCAUUGAAUGAGGCACAGUAUUCAGGACCUGUAAUACAGAGUGACCUGUUUUCAGUACUGAUGCGUUUUAGGCGUCAUACAUUCGUUUUGAGCGGAGACGUAUCAAAAAUGUUCAGACAAGUUCUUAUUGCGCCGGAACAUAGGAAGUUCCAAAAAAUAUUUUGGCGUUUUGACUCUACAGAGGAACUGCGCUGUUACGAAUUACAAACCGUGACGUACGGAACGGCCUCGGCGGGCUUUCUAGCUGUGCGUUCAAUGUUGCAAUUAGCUUUAGAUUUCAAGGAAAAAUAUCCGGUGGCUUGUGAAGCCAUUUUGAGCGAUUUUUACAUGGAUGAUUUUCUGUCAGGAGCAGACGAUGUUGAACAACUUUUACAACUUCAACGAGAAGUGUCUAUAAUUUUGGCAAGCGGGGGUUUCCAGUUGCGAAAAUGGAUGUCUAACAGACAGCACAUAUUAAAUGAGUUUCAUGUGAAUGCAGAUAUUGAUGUAGGUGUAUUGCAUCUUGGUGAAAAUGAACAAUCCAAAAUGCUGGGGUUAUGCUGGAAUUCCAUUCAGGAUUCUAUUCAAUUCUCAAGUAAACAUUUUCGCGAAUUCAAAAGGAAUAAUGUAACGAAGAGAUCAAUUCUCGCAAAUGUUUCUCAAAUAUUUGACCCAUUGGGACUAUUGGGUCCACUCACGAUUAAUGCGAAAAUUAUAAUUCAAAGGCUAUGGGUAGAUAAGGUAGAAUGGGAUCAAACGGUAUCGAAGUCCAUUUAUGAAAAAUGGAUAAGAUUUUGCGAAGAUCUUCAACAUUUGAACAAAAUCAGCAUACCGCGGUACGUACUAUCACCAGAGGCAGGAAUUAUCGAAUUACACGGUUUUUCAGAUGCUUCCGAAGCAGCUUAUGGUGCAUGUGUUUAUGUCAGGUAUGAAAACAAGAAUGGAAAAGGCUAUCAUCUGAGAUUAUUAUGUGCUAAGUCUAGGGUGGCACCAAUAAAACAAGUCACUUUACCACGGUUAGAGUUAAUGGCAGCGGUCCUAUUAGUAGAAUUACAAGAAAAGGUUCGCCAGGCUCUAAAGAUAAAGUUCGAUCGGUUUUAUUUUUGGACAGAUUCAAUGAUUACGUUAUGCUGGAUACAGAGUACGCCUAAAAGAUGGAAUACAUUUGUAGCAAACCGUGUGAGCAAAAUUCAGUCAAGCACUGAAAUUCAAGAUUGGCAUUACAUUAAAUCCAAAGACAAUCCCGCGGAUCUUAUAUCCAGGGGGGUUAAUAUCAACCAAUUGAUUGAUUCAAGAUUUUGGUGGAACGGUCCUCCUUAUCUUUCGGAAGAUUCAGAUCUACCGACUACAGGUAUUUCCAUGCACAACGAAAUGAUUCCGGAGCAAAGAAUUUUAGUCAAUACGGCUACAACAAGUCGGCAACCCACAUUUGAAAUAUUCGAUAGGUUUUCUACGUUUUCCAAAUUGAAGAGGGUUGUAGCUUACUGCUUACGUUUCUUUCACAAUUCGAAAUUGACAGGUGAAAACCGGGUAGUAGGAGUACUUACCAUUGAGGAACUUGAAACAGCAUCAAAGGUAUUGAUCAAACUUGCACAGCAACAAUCAUUUGAAAAGGAGAUAGUCGAUCUCAAGGCAGCUCGUACAAUUUCCUCAUCUAGUCCGUUGCUCAGAUUGAAUCCCUUUUUAGAUGAUAAGGGAAUUAUGCGUGUAGGUGGAAGACUGCAAAAUGCUGAAAAUUUAAGUUUUAAUAAAAAACAUCCAAUUUUAUUGCACAAUAAACACAAGUUAACGGAAAUUAUAUUGAUUGAGGAGCAUAAACGCUUACUACAUUGUGGUCCCCAACAAUUACUGUAUUCAAUACGUGAAGAAUUUUGGCCUCUAUCAGGCAGAAAUCUGGUGAGAGCUAUAGUGUACAAAUGUGUCACAUGCUUCAAGGCAAAACCGAGAGCAUUUCAGUAUGUAAUGGGUAACUUACCUGUUUCUCGAGUAGACGAGUACUUACCGUUUUUUAAUACUGGCCUUGAUUUUUGUGGCCAUUUUAUGAUUAAAGAUAGGAAAACAAGGAACUAUAAAACCUUGAAAGCAUAUGUUUGCGUUUUCGUCUGCAUGACCACAAAGGCGUUGCAUCUUGAACUAGUGACCAGUUUGACGAGUGAGGCAUUUUUGGCCGUGUUCAAGAGAUUUGUUGCGAGGCGUGGGAGACCAUUACACCUGUUUUCAGAUAAUGGCACCACCUUUAUAGGUGCAAAUUCAGAAAUUCAAAGCUUCUUGAAGAAAAAUAAUGCCAAAAUUUCUGAUUCCUUAGCAAAGGACAAUAUAACGUGGCAUUUUAUGCCUCCAAGAGCACCAAAUUUCGGCGGAUUGUGGGAAUCUGGGGUGAGAUCUUUCAAAUUUCACCUCAAAAGAGUAAUAAAUAACACCAUUUUAGAUUAUGAAGAGUUCAGCACUGUAUUGGCGCAAAUUGAGUCCGUAUUGAAUUCCCGUCCAAUCAGUCCUCUCUCAUCUAGUCCCAAUGAUUUUAACCCUCUAACACCCGGACAUUUUUUGAUCGGACGAGCCAUAACAGCUAUACCUGAGCAAGACUUCUUGCAAAUACCGGAAAAUCGACUAAAAAGGUUCCAACACCUACAAAGAAUCAUACAACAUUACUGGAAACGUUGGAACAACGAGUACAUCACUCACCUGCAAGACAGGGUGAAAUGGCAUAAACGUUCCAAGGAACUUCUGCAAAUUGGCAGUCUUGUGGUCAUCAAGGAAGAGAACAACCCUGUCAACAGCUGGAAAAUUGGCAGAAUUACCGCACUACAUCCCGGCAAUGAUGGAGUUGUCCGAGUGGUCAGUUUGAAGUGUUCGGGCAAUGGAGCAGAAUUUAAGCGACCAGUGUCCAAGAUUUGUGUGUUGCCGGUUGAGUGA